AUGUCUCUCCCAAAUUCAACUGAGGAAUGCAUCGAUCGCAUACAGGAGACUUGUAGGAAAGUAGCCAAUGCCAACAACAAAGAUUCAAAGGAGAUGCAUUCUUCCUUGAAACCUGAAAGGCGGAAAUCUACAGCUCAUCGGUCAGAUCCUGCAUUAGGCUGCAAGGAAUUGACUGUGAUUGAGGAUGAUAGAGAAGACGGAAGAGAACAAAUAAAGGAUUUGAAUGCAGCGAAAGCGAUGAUCAGACGAUUGUCCGGCGAUAGCCAUCCACCAAAAGUGACGGCUACGAAAUCGCAUUUCCAGUUGUCUUCAACAGCGUAUGGAGUUAGAAUGCUAUCCAAGGACCUUUCCAAUACCAAAGUUGAGCUGAAAGUGGAGGACCUUAUGAUUGUAACUAAAAAACAUGAUCUCUCGCUGCUUUAUCUUACCAGAGAGCUAGUAGAGUGGCUGAUGAUUCACUUUCCCAAAAUAACGGUCUAUGUUGGAGAAGAUCUGAAGAAUUCCGGGAAAUUUGGUGCUGAAGACAUCUGCAGAGACAGCAAAUGCGAUCAGAAGAGGAUAAAGUACUGGAGCCCGAAAUACAUACAGGAGCAUGACAAUUUAUUCGAUCUGGUCCUGACUUUGGGCGGCGAUGGCACAGUUUUAUUUGUUUCCUCUAUCUUCCAAAAGCAUGUUCCACCAGUGCUUUCCUUCUCCUUGGGUUCCCUUGGUUUCCUGACGAACUAUCAGUUUGAGUAUUUCAAGGAGGAUUUGCCUGCGGUGCUGAACAGUAGAAUCAAGACUAACUUGAGAAUGCGGCUGGAUUGCAGGGCAUACCGCCGGCGCCCUCCAGUAACUGACCCCACCACUGGUAAGAAAAUUUGUGUUACUGAGCUAGUGGCACAGCACCAGGUUCUCAAUGAGUUGACAAUAGACAGAGGCCCAAGUCCCUUCAUAUGCAUGCUGGAGCUCUACGGUGAUAAUUCUCUACUCACCGUGGCACAAGCUGACGGGGUGAUCAUAGCAACCCCCACAGGGUCCACCGCUUAUUCCCUGAGCGCCGGAGGACCACUCGUGUAUCCAAGCGUUAAUGCCAUAAUGGUGACACCAAUUUGCCCUCACACGUUGAGCUUCAGACCUAUACUGCUUCCAGAUAGUAUGACUUUGAAAGUCAGAGUUUCCCUAAAAUCAAGAGCAACCGCCUGGGCGGCAUUUGAUGGCAAAGGACGACUCGAACUGAGGAAAGGUGACUUUAUCACGAUACAGGCAAGUCCAUACUCGUUCCCCACUGUUGAAUCACAUCCCACUGAAUUCAUCGACAGUAUCAGUAGGACUCUAAACUGGAACGUCAGAGAGCAACAAAGAUCUUUCACCCAUAUGCUGUCCCGCAAGAACCAAGAAAAAUAUGCCAGCGACGCUGGCAAUGCAGAAUUCGAAGAAGAAGACAUAGAAGAAGUAGUAGUCGAUAGGAGUAAGAGCCGGCCCCACUUCGACGACACCCUCAACGCUGUAGAAGACAGCGAAACGGAUGAUAUUAAAGACGACCUAGAGGCAAAGUCUAUUAGUCCGAAGACAAAGCCCAAGGAUCAGAGCCGGUUGCCCCAGGCGAACUUCACCAUGUGA